CGUGUUCUCUCUAUUAAAGCGUUCGCGGUGAGAUUGUCCCGGUCACGCCUGCCGCAUCCAGCACAAACGGGAAUAGCGUUUCUCGUCCACAACAGAGUGCAUCGUUAGGUGUCGGUGAAUUGUUCGAUCGAAGCGAAGGCCUGUGCUGUUGUCCGUCCCUGAGGCAGCGGUGUGUGCAUUGUAUGCAGCAGCAGCAGCAGCAUCCGUGACAGCCGCAUCUUCCAUUGCUCUGUUGCUCUCUGCUGGGAUCUUCUGCAUCUUCACCAGCAUCACGACAGCUGCCAAAUUCUCUUCAUAUUAAACCGAAUAUCCGGUUUUGGCGAAGAGAUAGUUUUUUUUUGUUUGUUUUUUUCUGUCGUACACAUUUUGAAUGCAGAUGUGAACGCAGGCUUUUUAUUCAUAAAUGCCAAACUGUGUUUCUAGUCGUUGUGUAUUUGUGAUGCAGGCCGUGAGUUCAGUCACGGAGACGUCCACGGUGGGUUUCCGCGCUGAGGGUCGCGGGUGCUGUUGAUUAUCAGUCAUUGUUACGGAUUUAACCCGGUUUUAAAGCGCUGCUCGGUUGGCGUGGACGGGGACGACGCGUUUGUUUUUGCCUGAACUCAAAUUUUUAUUUUUAUUAAUAUGACUAUUUUUUUAUUUCAAUGAAAAUUGUCUGCCAGACAAGGAUCGCCCUUUGUAUGGUGGUGGACGGGGAGCGGCGCCAGACGGGAUACAAUAUAUAUUUUUAGCUCAGUUCCUCAUUAUUAAUUUUAUAGCCUUUUCAGUGUUUAGUUUUCAAUGAAAACCAGCAGUCCGCCAGAAGAGGAUCCCCCUCAGCUCGCACUGCAAUACCCUUGACGAUCAACAGUUCGUCGCGUGAAGGCGAACCCCGCGCGAUUAUUAGUCGGAGCGGUGCGACAUCGAGUCGCAGAUUUCCCAUAAUGACUAAUAAACCAGAACGAUUGUCGCCUUCGCUCAUGGAUGCUCGUAAUGUUAUUUGGUAAUUCGUCUUAUGGACAGGGUCAGGAGACUGUAUUCAUAUUGGAUUAUAUCAUUGCAUGUGUUUAUUAUUCCUCCUGCGUGUUUGUGACUGAAGACGAUCUGUAAAGUGGAUUAUUCCGAUUUUCAAUAUCAUGUUUUUGGCCAUUUCAUCGUCUGGAAAGAUGGCAGCUGAUUAAAUUUUAAUCUUGAUGCAUUCUGGCGACACGGGAGGAGAAGAGGAGAAGCGAGUGAAUCGGGGAGGAGAGGGAGAGGAGAGGAUGUAGGGUGGAUACAGAAGGUUCAGCUGACGUUACAGGAGACUGCCCCGCCCCUUUCAUCUUGUCCGUACCUCUGUCGUUGCCAUGGCGCUGUCACUCUGGUUACUGUGGAUGUGUCCUGUGUUGCUUAGCAACAUCGCUCCCUCUGAACAAGGGCUGAGUCGAGCGGCGAUGCCCUUCGGUCUGAUGAGGAGAGAGCUGGCGUGUGAGGGAUACCCCAUCGAGCUGCGCUGCCCAGGAAGUGAUGUCAUCAUGAUCGAGACGGCCAACUACGGCCGCACCGACGACAAGAUCUGCGACGCCGACCCCUUCCAGAUGGAGAACGUGCAGUGCUACCAGCCAGACGCGUUCAAGAUCAUGUCACACAGGUGUAAUAACAGGACCCAGUGUGUAGUCGUCGCCGGGGCAGAUGUGUUUCCUGACCCCUGUCCUGGCACUUACAAAUACCUGGAGAUCCAGUAUGAGUGUGUCCCUUACAAAGUGGACCAAAAAGUUUUUGUUUGUCCUGGAACGUUAAUGCGAGUGUUGGAGCCCAGUUCCGUGCGGGAGGCGGAGCAUCAGUCGGGGGCAUGGUGUAAAGACCCUCUGCAAGCGGGUGAUAGGCUCUAUGUUAUGCCCUGGACGCCCUAUCGCACAGAUAUGCUGUACGAAUACGCUUCCUGGGACGACUACAUCCAAAACCGAGUCACCACCACCUAUAAGUUGCCGAGUCGAGUGGACGGCACUGGUUUUGUUGUGUAUGAUGGGGCUGUGUUCUACAACAAGGAACGCACACGCAACAUUGUGAAAUACGACCUGCGGACUCGCAUCAAGAGUGGCGAAGCUAUUAUUGCAACCGCCAACUAUCAUGACACAUCGCCGUACCGCUGGGGCGGUAAAUCCGACAUCGACCUAGCAGUGGAUGAACACGGGCUUUGGGUCAUAUAUGCCACUGAAGCCAACAGUGGACGCCUCGUUGUUAGCCAGGUGAACCCAUACACGCUGAGGUUUGAGGGGACGUGGCAGACAAGCUUUGAGAAGCGCAUGGCGUCAGAUGCGUUCGUGGCGUGUGGCAUCUUGUACGCCAUUCGUUCCGUGUACCAGGACGAUGACAGCGAGGUGGGUGGAGACCUGAUCCUGUACGCCUACGACACGCGACGUAACCACGAGGAGCCGGUGAGAAUCCCGUUCCCCAACCCGUACCAGCACAUCUCCUCCAUCAGCUACAACCCCAGAGACAACCAGCUGUACGUCUGGAACAACUACAUCGUCCUGCGGUACCCGCUGGAGUUCAGCCCGCCGCAGCCCACCACAAAUCCUCUCUCGACGCCUCUUCUCUCCACCACUCCUCCGGGCGCGCUCUCCACCACUGUGUCGAUGGGCUUCAGUCCCACUUCCAUCCCGUCUAUGACCUUCCACCCUGUGGGGUCUAUAAACAGGGCUCCGGCAGGGCGGCCCAUUACAGCCACGGUCCCGGUGACCAUCAGGCCUCCCCGCCGACCGCAGGGGCCGCGCACACCCAUGUGUGAGGGCCGCGUGACCCGCGGGGUCCAGUGGCCCCCGACUCAUCGAGGAGAAACGGUGGAGAGGCCGUGUCCCAAAGGAUCCCUCGGUAUCGCGUCGUAUCAGUGUAUGACAGAUGACGUGGUGUGGAACCCCAGAGGUCCCGACCUCAGCAACUGCACCUCGCCCUGGGUCAGCCAGGUCGCUCAAAAGAUUAAGAGUGGGGAGAACGCAGCACAUAUCGCUUCUGUACUUGUCAAUCACACUCGGGGGCGGGUCUAUGCCGGUGAUGUCACUUCCUCUGUGCGUCUGAUGGAGCAGCUGCUGGACAUUCUGGACUCACAGCUGCAGGCGCUGCGACCCGGAAACAAGGAGUCGGCCACACGCAACUACAACAAGCUUCAGAAGAGAGAACGGACUUGUCGAGCAUUUAUUCAGGCGGUGGUGCAGACGGUGGAUAAUCUGUUGCGUUUGGAGGCGCUGGAGUCGUGGCAGGACAUGAACUCUACAGAACAGUCACACACCGCCACCAUGCUGCUCGACGUCAUGGAGAAAGGAGCGUUUCUAUUGGCUAAUAACCUGUACGGAGGUCACUUCAGCGACCGCGCGCCAAACAUCGAUCUGGAGGUGUAUGUGCUCAACACAGAGAUGGAGCUGAAGGAUCUGUUUUUCCCGAACUCGUAUGACAGCGACAGCACCAUCCAGGUGUCGUCAUCCACCAUCAAACAGUACAGCCGCAACGGUCAGGUGAAGGUGGUUUUCACGCUCUAUAAGAACCUGGGCUCGUUCCUCUCCACUCAAAACGCCACGGUGAAGAUGCGCGGCGAGUCUGGAGGACACAGUCUAGCCGUCAACUCCCACAUCAUCUCUGCCUCCAUGAACAAAGAGUCCAGCCGCGUGUUUCUGACCGAUCCUGUAGAGUUCACGCUGAGCACAGUCAUUCACGCUCUGUUGUUCUCUCGGUGCCAGUAUCCCGGCGGCGUUCAGGGUCUGAUCCUGUUCGUCAUCACGUGGGUGGGGAUGGUGAUCUCUCUGGUGUGUCUGGCUCUGUGUAUCUCCACCUUCUGCUGCCUGCGAGGCCUUCAGAGCGACCGCACCACCAUCCACAAGAACCUGUGCCUCACGCUCUUCAUCUCACAACUCCUCUUCCUCAUCGGCAUGGAUAAGACACACUAUACCGUGGUGUGUCCGGUUCUGGCCGGUCUGCUGCACUUCUUCCUGCUGUCAGUGUUCUGCUGGCUCUGCAUGGAGACGGUGCAGCUGUACGUGCUGAUGGUGGAGGUGUUUGAAAGCGAGACGUCUCGUCGUAAGUACUACUACCUCUCCGCGUACGGCUUCCCCACGCUGGUGGUGGCCAUUUCCACCGCCAUCGACUACAGGAGCUACGGAGGACCCAAAGCUUGCUGGCUGAGGGUGGAUAACUACUUCAUCUGGACGUUUAUUGGCCCCGCCUCCCUCGUUAUCCUGCUGAACCUGGCAGUGCUGGUCAUCACCAUCCACCGCAUGCUGCGACACUCCACUGUGCUGAAGCCAGACUCCAGCCGAUUCGACAACAUCAAGUGCUGGACGCUCAGCUCUGUCACGCUGCUGUUACUGGUGUCUCUGACGUGGAUCUUUGGCCUCCUGUUCAUGAACGACAGCAGCGUGGUGAUGGCGUACCUCUUCACCUCCUUCAACGCCGUGCACGGCAUGUUCAUCUUCCUCCUGCACUGCGCGCUGCAGAAGAAGGUGCAGAAAGAAUACAGCAAAUGCUUGCGUCAGUCGCCCUGCUGUGGCCACGCCUCCUCCACCGGUUCCCACGGUUCCCUCAAGAGCUCCGCCCACAGAGGCAACAAUCGCUACUAUGGCGGCAGCCAAUCACGACAUGCGCCAGCACAAAGACAGGUAACGCACACGUGGGCGUCUGUCCCAAAUAUCAGCCUUACAGGAAUUUGCACACCUGUGGUUUAA